GGAAUAGGCGUGCUCAGCCCCACCUCCUCAGCCCUCCAGCUGUUAAAGCUCCCAAGGAGGGCCAGCGUGGGGCUGCUGCUCGGCUGGGGUUACAGACGCGGAGGUGACUGUGUUACUGGUGCACUGCAAACUUGCCUCUUCUAGCCGGAGCCUCCCUGUCACCUUCUCCAGGCAGGACCCAGAAAGCUUUGGGGAAAUAUUUUACCAGGAGGUUGUUCAAGAAGGCGAAAGGAUGGCAUCGCCUCCUCGAGGCUGUGGCAGCAUCAGUGAUGACUAUUACCUGCUCUGUGACAUGGAGAAGGCCUGGGGAAUUGUCCUGGAGUCACUGGCUGCAGCUGGUGUCCUCAUCACCAUUUUCCUCAUCUGCUCACUCUUCUUUCUCAUCUGUAAAAUCCAAGACAACAGCAAGCGGCACAUGGUCUCAGUCUAUUUCUUCUUUCUCUUAGGCACUCUUGGUAUUUUUGGUCUCACUUUUGCCUUCAUCAUUAAACUCAACGACAGGACUCACCCUACUCGCUUCUUCCUAUUUGGAGUCAUCUUUGCUCUCUGCUUCUCGUGCCUCCUCACCCAUGCCUGCAACCUCAACAAACUAGUGAGAGGAAGAAAGCCCUUCUCCUGGCUGGUGUUGCUGCUCCUCAUUGUUUCCUUUGCCCUGGUACAAGUUGUGAUCAGUAUUGAAUACUUAGUCACCAUGCUAGUAAACCAGAAAGACAAAUUUCUGAGUAUGCCUCCAGAGGAGACCAACAAGGACUUUGUCAUGCUUUUGAUCUACGUACUCUUCUUGAUGGCUCUGACUUUCUUGGUUUCCAUGUUCACAUUCUGUGGGUCAUACAAAAGCUGGAAGAGGCAUGGGGCACACAUAUUUGUCACUGUCCUGUUCUCCAUUGCCAUUUGGGUAGUGUGGAUCACUAUGCUCACGAAAGGCAACACAGUUUUGAAGAAACGUAGCUGGGAUGAUCCUGUUGUGGCCAUUGCUCUGGUGUCCAAUGGAUGGAUCUUCCUGAUAAUGUAUAUCGUCCCUGAAAUUUGUUUCCUCACUGCCCCUCUGAAGCUGGGGGACUACCCUCCAGAAAAUGACUUCUGCCAACCCAAGUUCUUAAAACAGUCAACUGGAGUGGACAACCGUGCCUAUACCCAAGAUGAAAUUGUGCAAGGAGACACAGGAGACCCCAGCUACUCCCCAUACCCUUCUCACUUUCAGAUGAAGACCAUCAAACCCCAAAACGAUUUCUCCAUCCCAAGGCCCAAGGCCCGGACAAGCCCAUACCAUGACUACACUGGUGGGAAAAGCUCCAUGUAGCAGCUCCACAGUGAGCAAAGACUAAGCGCCCGUCAGCAGAGGUGUGGGGAAUGGGCCAUGUAAUGUCAACUGAGUUGAUCCUGCAGAAGAGACAGUCAACCCUCACUGGCAAAAGAAGAGAGGUGUUCUCUUUUCCCCACACAGGCACCCUUGUAGCCCUGCCUCAAUCCUCAAACACAGCUUUCAGACACUGCUCUGGCCAUCCUGUCCCUGCUCAUUCUGGUUCUCCAUGGGAUGUAGCUCAUCUCUUCUGACAGAGGAACGUGCUGGGAAGAGCCUGUCCUGGCCUAUUUUCAGCAGGAAUGCUGUAGGGCUAGAGCAGCAGGAAGAUCAUCAGCUGGGUCUGCGACUGUCUCUGCCCCAGACAGGACUCUCUUUGAUCAGCUUGCAGGGAUGCCUGUGCCCCACGUCUGACAGAAGGAGAGUCAGGAGCAGGAGCAUCAGCCCUACACAUCACCACUCCUGCCCCGCCCCCCCCCCCCCCCCCCACCGUAAACACAUUUCAGGUACUACCAAGGACACCCUUAUCUACUCACCAUUAGUUUUGUGCUCACUUCCAGCCCUGCCUGGCUCUCCUCCAGAGAUCAGUGCAGAAGAGACAGAGAGAGAGAGAGGGAAAGAGUAUUCUUUUUUUAUUCUUCAUGUUCACUUUCAACCCCUUCUUCAUCAACUAGAGACCUCAGUGGAGACAGGGAAGAAAAUUUCAAGACAUAAAAACUCCUACACCUAUUUACCCCGACACAUUUUCUGAUUUGUGCUCUAACAUCAGCCUCCCUCCUAGCUCUGACUCCUGACCACACACCUGAGCUGAGCCCCCCAGGGUGCCUGCCCAACCCCACACACUCUCCCUCCCCACCCUUGCCACCUCAGGCUGCAGAUCCCUGCAGACAAAGCCUCUUCCAUGAGCUGCUUGCAAUACUCUGGUGGGAUUUAAUCCCGCACACCUUGGAGCUCUACCUCCUCCCAAGUGUGUCUGUGGCAUUAACACAAGCAUUUCCCAAGCAGCCAGGUUACGGAGGGUGGAUGCCCUUCUUCCCAGGAGUGAGUGAGCACGAGUGUGUGUGUGUGUGCAUGUGUGUGUGUGCCAUGUGGACUGCACCCUGGCGAUGAGCAAUGAGUCUGCAGAGUUGAAUCAUUCCAUAGCCUGCUUUGCAUUUGGUAAAUAGUUUUCCAUGAUAUUUCAUAUAUAAAUACAUAGAGCUCUCCAAGUGGGUGUGUACGGUACACUGGUGUCUGACACAGCUAUAUAUUUAUUUAGUACUUUGUAUGUGGAAUAUUUAAUUAAUAAAAUCCC